AGAGGGGAAGCCGGUGGGAGAGGCUGCAGCUGUCCGCACCUCCUCCCAGACCCACCAUGUCGGAGGUGGACAAGUCCCAGCCAGUGGCCCUGGGGGCCUCGCGGGUCGAGCUCCGGGUCUCAUGCUGGAACCUCCUGGACCGGGACACCCUGACCAACCCGAACCCCUGCGUCGUGCUGAAGCAGCAAAGCGAGGGGCAGUGGAGCGAGGUGGGGCGCUCCGAGAUCAUGUGCUGCAGCUUGAACCCCGUCUUCUCCCACGUCUUCCCGCUGGACUACUUCUUCGAGGAGAUGCAGACGCUGGGCUUCGAAGUCUACGACGCCAACGGUGCUGAGGAUGCGGGGUUCCAGGAUGAUGCUUUCCUGGGGGAGGCCGAGUGCUCCCUGGGCCAG